GAAAUUGUUCUGGAAACCCUUAUUUUUUCUUUUCAUUUUCUUCCGACUUUCUCUGUCAAGGCAAAAAUGCAAGGAGGAGGAUUCAAGCAAAUGUUCUCUUAUGGAAGUGUCUUCAAAAGUGCUGUCUUACGACAUGUCCGAUUGGUGAAUCCAGUUCUAGUGUCGAGGCCCCUUAUGUUUGUGCGCCAGGAAACAACUUCAACUGCUCGUAUAGAAGAACAUGGUUUUGAAAGCACCAAAAUAUCUGACAUUUUGAAGGGCAAAGGUAAAGGUGCUGAUGGCUCCUGGCUCUGGUGUACUACAGAUGACAGUGUUUAUGAUGCUGUCAAAUCGAUGACACAGCACAAUGUAGGAGCCUUGGUGGUUGUCAAAUCUGGGGAAAAUAAGUCAAUUGCUGGCAUUAUUACAGAGAGGGAUUAUCUUCGGAAAAUCAUAGUACAGGGAAGAUCAUCCAAAUCAACAAAGGUCGGGGACAUCAUGACGGAGGAGAACAAGCUUAUCACCGUCACACCUGAAACCAAAGUUCUGAAAGCAAUGCAACUGAUGACAGAUAAUCGAAUCAGGCACAUUCCAGUUAUCGAUCAGACAGGUAUGAUAGGGAUGGUGUCCAUUGGAGAUGUUGUCCGUGCUGUUGUGAGUGAGCACAGGGAAGAGCUGAACCGGUUGAAUGCCUUCAUACAAGGAGGUUACUAGAUAGAUGAUGAUGACGACAAAUAAAUAGAUAGACUGCAAGGUUUCUGCUUUGCAGUUUAAAGAUGUCUGAGUUGGGGGAACUCUUAAUCUUGUAAAUGUUGACAUCCUUACAUCUUCUCUAGCUUGAUGUUUGCCCAUGGAUAUGGGCCUUUUAAUUUUGGGAUCAAUAAGAUACCGUCAGUCUGCACUACUAUUGUUUUUAAAA